CACCCACACAGACCCAAAUGGAGGCAAAGAUUAAAAAACUAACAGGGAUACUUGAGCACACUCUAUCUGCAAAGUCAUGAUAAGUUUUGACCGCAGAUCUUUGAUAUCUGAUCAGUUAAUGUUGCGUUGGGUUGUUCGCAGCUGUGUGGUACAUCAGCGGGUGUCUGUGCUCACUUGUAAGGCAAAGACCUAUUAGUCCCCGAACGUUUAUCAGCGGUCACUUUUCUUUUCUACCACGAGGGAGGGAAAGAGGGAGACUGGGAUAUCGCUGAGGCUGGUUCCCUCCGUCUUUCGGGUCCGGAUCACGAGUACUUCAUUCAGCCUCCUGUGACCCACACACUCGUUUCGUUUUGUGUCAGUUUCGCAUCAAGUUGGGGAAAAGUGUGGGAACUGCGUCGCUGCAGCAUCUGUGAGACCCGAGCAGUGAGCCUGAAAGUACGUGAUGUGAAUACUGAACACAGCUUGGACUGAUUUUUCUUCUUUUGUUCCAACUGAACCAGAGCAUCGUCUAAUCGAAUUACUUCAGCCAUUACUUAUUGACCUUCUCUAACUUGGACUUUUUUUUUUUUUUUUUUUUUUUUUUUUUUGCAUUUAUUGAUUGAGAACACAGACUGGCCAAGUUAUUCUUUCUUUUUUGACAAAUAGUCGAAAUGGCGUCAUUGUAUCAGAGAUUCACCGGCAAGAUCAACACAAACAAAUCCUUCCCCAACCCUCCAGAGGCGAGCCAUCUCCUCGGGCAAGGUGCGGAUGGGGAGAGGGCGGUGGAGAGCCAGCGACCCCGGCCUCAGCAUCAGCACCGUCGGCACUGCGAGGACGAGGAUGAGCUGGUGGGCAGUAACCCUCCGCAGAGGAACUGGAAGGGAAUAGCGAUCGCCCUUCUUGUCAUUCUGGUCAUCUGCUCGCUGAUCGUCACCUCCGUCAUCCUGUUGACACCAGGUGAAGACGACCGUCUGGCUCUCAAGGGCAAGGUGACUGUCGGAGACCUCUUCAGAAAAGACUUCAAGGUUCAUGACCCCAACGCCAAAUGGAUCAGCAGUAAUGAGCUACUCUACCGUAAUCGUGAUGGUGAUGUCGUCAAGUUCAAUGUUGAUACCGAUGAAAAGACCAUCUUGGUUCAUAACAAGAAGUUUGAAAUGUACAAAGCCAGCAAGUAUGAGGUGUCUCCUGACAUGAAACAUGUGCUGCUGGCCUACAACGUUGCACCGGUGUACGAGUAUUCCUACACAGCCUUCUACAUCAUCUGCAGUUUGGAGACUCCGGAGACGUGGAACCUGAACCCUCCAGAGGUGCGAAACGCUCAGCUGCAGUACGCAGGCUGGGGACCUCAGGGUCAACAACUGAUCUUCAUUUUUGAGAACAACAUCUACUAUCGCUCUACAGUGGAGAGCCGCUCCAUUCGUCUGGUGUCCACUGGCAAGGAGGGUGUCAUCUUCAACGGGCUCAGUGAUUGGCUCUAUGAAGAGGAGAUAUUCCAGUCCCAUGUUGCUCAUUGGUGGUCUCCAGAUGGUGCGAGAUUGGCAUAUGCCACGAUCAACGACACCCUGGUGCCCAGGAUGGAGCUGCCCAUGUUCACAGGCACACCUUACCCAAUGGGGAAAGAGUACCACUACCCUAAGGCUGGUGAGGAGAACCCAGUCAUCACUCUGUAUGUCGUGAACCUUAACGGCCCUCUUCACACCAUAGAGAUGAGAAGACCUGAUGAUCCCAGGAUAGGUGAAUACUAUGUGACCAUGGUGAAAUGGGCCACCACUACCAAGCUGGCCAUCAACUGGCUGAACAGAGCCCAGAACAUCUCUAUACUCACACUGUGUGAGGCCACAACAGGAGUCUGCACUAAGAAACAUGAGGAUGAAAGUGAAGGAUGGCUUCAUAGACAGAAUGAGAGGCCUCUGUUUUCCAGAGAUGGGCUUAAGCUGUUCUUCACUCGAGCCAUUCCCCAAGGAGGCAGGGGCAAGUUCUUCCACAUCUCCAUGUCCAUCUCCCAACCCAACACCAGUACAGACACGCUGCAGUCCAUCACCUCUGGAGACUGGGAUGUCACACAGGUCCUGGCCUACAAUGAGGACAGCCAGCUGAUAUACUUCUUGAGCACUGAGGAUGGUCCAAAGCGAAGGCAUCUGUACAGUGCGGACACAUUUGGUUCAUUCAACCGCCGCUGCCUGUCCUGUGCCUUGUCCGACAGCUGUGGCUACAUCAGCGGCUCCUUCAGCCUCAACAUGAGCUAUUUCCUGCUCAACUGCCAAGGCCCGGACAUCCCGUUUGUAGCCAUUUACAAGACACAGAGAGAUGCCGAAAGUCAGACACAAGACAGAGAAAGUAUUGCAGAAGUAUAUAAACUGGAGAGCAAUGAGAACCUGAGGCUGACCCUGGACUCCAUGCAGAUGCCCACAGUGAAGUACGAGGAGAUCAACAUGGAUGAUUACACCUUGUCACUGCAGAUCCACAAACCCGCAGGCUUUGUGGACACCUCACACUACCCUCUGCUGCUGCUUGUCGAUGGGACACCUGGUGGCCAGAUGGUGUCAGAGCGGUUUCACAUGGACUGGGCCACUGUGCUGGUGAGCAGCUUCGGUGCCAUCGUGGUGCGCUGUGAUGGACGAGGCAGCGGCUUCCAGGGUACCAACCUGCUGCACCGGAUCCAGAAGAAACUGGGCUUGUACGAGGAACAGGAUCAGAAGGAUGCACUCAAUUUUAUGCUGAAAAAGCCCUACAUUGACAAAACCAGAGUUGGAGCUUUUGGACAGGUAUACGGUGGCUACGUGACCAGCUUGUUGGUCAGCGGCGAGGAGUCUCCUGUAAAAUGUGGAGCUGUCCUGUCACCCAUCACUGACUUUGAAUUAUAUGCCUCUGCAUUUUCAGAGAGAUAUCUUGGGCUGCCUAAACCUGACCCGAGGGCAUACACAAUGGCAAAUUUAGCACACAGAGCAUCUCAGUUUAUGGACAAGAAGUUUCUUAUUAUCCACCCAACAGCUGAUGAAAAAGUUCACUUCCAACAUACAGCAAAAUUCAUCGCACAGCUCAUCAAUGAAAAGGCCAACUACACCUUACAGAUCUACCCAGAUGAAGGCCACUUCAUUCACAGUGAAGCAACAAGGCAGCACCUCAGUCAGUCUCUGGUGAACUUCUUCGAGGAAUGCUUCAGGCUACCAGAAAGAGUGUUUGAGGAGGCUCUGGAAGAAGAGAGUGAAGACGAGGGUUAGCUUGGCCUCAUAGUAUUCCUCCUGCGCUCCGGAUUCUCCCCCACCCAUACAGUCAUCUCCCACAACACUGGCAUCAAAUAGUCCACAAUAUGCAACUCUCAUCUGCUCUCUCCAUUUGUUUUGGUUUGCAUUUGGACUCGCCCCAUGUCCGCAUGUUGAACCUGAGACUGCCCCUCCAGCAGACAACUGAUCUACUCCUACACCCAUCCUCCCCUCCUCAUCCUCUGCCCUGAGUUUGAAUCCAAAAGGCCUCCAGAGAGCUGACUAAGACUGAUGACCUGACAUGUUGUUUUGGAAAACACUGAUUGAUCUAACAGGAAGCAAGCAGUCUCCCUCACCGCAGGAUGGACCAGCUCCUCAAAAGCAGUGGAGAGAAAGCAUCAGCUCUCACACAGACUUUCGAGCUGCAAGGAGACCUUAUAGCACAUAACUCAUGGGGCUUGUAUAUUCAUGAAAAAGACACCUGGUGAAAAACACUGGUUGGCAGUGUUUCUAAAAGGUGUCUGGAAUUGUGUGGAUACAGGAAAUGUUACUAUUUUUAAAGUUGUGAAGAACUUUCCAUGUUGGACUGUGGUUGUGUCCGUUGUUCUUACAGUAUGUAAAAUAGCACACAAACAUUCACCCAGCUAUUAGAUACAUUUUCUUUUGGUUCAUGUUUGCCCCUGAUGUUGAUUUCAUCAUUUAGCCUCAUCUUAUGUAUUUCAGUGAUGCUGACAGAAUUCUCUAACUGGAAAAAUGUUUGGAAAAAAAAAAAAAACGCCAUGGGUUUAUUAAUGUUCAUGUUAGACAGUUUUAUUGUGAUACUCUGGUUUUAACAAAUGUUCUUCAACAGAAGCAUUAACUUGUUUUAGUCACUGUGCCUUACUUUGUCAGAAAACAUCCUGCUGCGGGACUGCAUUUAUGAACAACAACAAGCCUAAUUUUCUAGGAUUAGUUUGAUAUUUUGGGAAAUAUGCUUAUUUGCGACUGAUACCACUCCCUUGUCUGUCAGAUAAAUAUGAAUUCAUAGCCACCAGCCAUUUAGCUUAGCUUAGCAUAAAGACUGAGACAGAGCUAGCUAAGCUCUGUCCAAAGGCAGAGAAAACUGCUGAGAAAGCUCCUGUGAUGCUUACAAGUAGCAUGUUAUAACUUGAUUAAUCCAGAGAAAAACCAAAGGGGUUUACAGCCUGGACUGUCUUUUGACCCUGACUUCCUGUGGUUGCCAGAGCCAGGCUAGCUGGUUUUCACCUGCUUCCAGUCUUUAUGCUAAGAUAAGCUAUGCAAAUCAUCUCCUGACUGUAAAUUACUAUUUAUCAGAUGAUAUCAAUCUUUUCAUUUAACGCUUGAAAAGAAAGUGAAUAAGCACAUUUCCCACUAAGGCAAAAGAGCUCAGAAACAAAACAGCUAGCACUUGAUUCAGAAACUGUAAAGGGACUUUGAAGUUUCACAGAAAAAAAUGACCAUUCUCUGGAAAUGGGCCCACUGACAUCUUUACACCAAACUAAAAUGUACAGAAUCUGCAUGCAUCAUCGCUUAUAACGUUUAAGAAUGGUAGGUGAAGAAAAUUUAUAACCAGUGCAGAAACCGCAGUGUUUGUUAUUCAAAGUGGUGUGUCACUCUUGGCUUAAAUCAGUGAAUACAUUGUACAAGGUUGAAGGCAGGAAGCCAUUAGGAGUAGUGUUAUACCCUGAGAAAUUAUGCAUUUGUAUAUAAGGGAAAACAUGGUGUUAGCUUCAGAGUCCAAGUCAUGCAAAUACGUAACACAAAAUGAUCAAUUCCUGAGGCACAAGUUUAGUUUGUCAUCUUUAUAUUUUUAAUUUGAAUGGCCAUUUGUUGCUAUGUUUCAGUGCAUGUUAAGAGGUUAUUUGCAGCACUAUCCCUGAUCAGUUUCACAUGGUAAUUUUGACAUCUUGAAUGUUCCUUACUGGAUUGCAUAAAUUACAUUUCCAGUAGUAUUGUGAUUGAGAACCCAGUCUCGUCAGCUUGAUGUGUAAAUGUUAUUCAAAUAUCAUUUUAUUCUAAAAAGAAAAAAGAAACAAUAUUACCUGAGUGUUAUUUGUGCAUAAAGCAUUUUGGAAGUUACAUUUGACUAUUCAUUUCUGUUCUCCUGUUGCUGUCCUUGAAUUGAGUUUAAAGUGGACUUUAUAAAUGCCAAUGGCAACAUCGAACUUUCUUGCCAGUGGUUGGGGAAUUUUUCAAGAUGCUCAACUUUGUUAUCCAAAGCAUAGAUGGAGAAUAAUGGCAGAUUGUGGCAUGAAGGUAAAUGUUAGAAUAAAAAAAUAGAUAUUUUAUCAGCCUUCAA